AUGCUCCUGCUGCACGCCGCCGCGGCAGCGUUCCAGUUCCACGAAAAUAAAUGUGAACCGACGACGUCGCUGCCGACGGCCGAGGACAGCAAGAGAAUCGCGUUCAUUCUGCGGGGCGACGCCUACCGCGGCCUCAGCUACGGCUCGACGGCCCGCGGGAGCAAGAGGGGCUUCAUGUGCACGCCCUUCGCGGUGCGCAUCCAGCGCGCCAUCAGCGCGAGCCACGUCGAUUACAUCAUCGCGCCGCUGGAGGCUGCGGGCUUCCGCGUCGACGUCUUCUUCGCGACUUACCCCUGCGCGACGGACGGAGAAGCGCAGCUCGAAAGACUCAAAGGCUUCUACAACCGCAACCGCACGCGAGUGGUCCACGUCGAUAGGGUGCCUAGACCAGGAGCAACACAAGCCACGCCCGCGAAUAUCGCCAUGAAGUCGUUGAGAAGGAUGUGGCCCAAAGAAGGCUACCGCUCCGUCCUCGUCUGGCGUUUUGAUCUCGUGGCGACAACACCGAUGGGUUCGAAGAUGAUCAAGCUUAGACCCGCGGGCAACACGGCGCGCUGCGACCCGCAGCUCGACAAGGACGGCCUCGCGCGGCCGGCGCGCGAUUUCAGGUGCUGGUGCAUGCCGCUCACGGUCAGCUGCGACAGCCCCGCCGGCUACGACGCCUACGUGAGCCACGGCGACAUCGCCUAUCUCAAGUACGAGGACGACUGGGCCUUCGGCUUCCCCGGAAAGCUCGCGCGCUGCGCCGUGCCAGUUUUUGAGUCCGAUGCCUUGGCGAUGCGGACUUUUAUUGCCUCGCACGAGACGAACUAUCGACUGGCGAAGACGGGGCCGGUCCUCACCGUGGCCCCCAAGCGCUGGGGCAUCUACCGCACGGACUACUCGCCGCAAGGACCUGAUAAACUGUGCCGCUUGCUGCGCGAUAAAUUUGACGGCCCGCCGUGCCCCGCGACGGCCGAGCUCGGGGCGAAGAUGGCGUGCCUGCGCCACGCGCGCGCCGCGAACGCGUCAACCGUCAAAGAAGCAAGAAAGGCCACGCCGAGCUGGUUCUGGGAGCGCGCUCACUGCGACAACGCGACGGAGUUCAUCGACCGGCGGCUCCGCGGCGGCGUGCACGGCAUUCACCGCCGGCGGCCGCACCACCACUCCCCUCCCUGACUUUUGCCUCCUCCUCCCGAUUUUUCCUCAGUUUAUAAUUUAUAUUUCAAGUUAGUCACAACAACAAAGACGCCUUCUCCCGCAGCGCCUCGCGGAGCGCCGCGCCGGCGCGGGCGCAGGCACCGACGCAAUCAACCGAACCAUCGUCGAAGAUCGCGCACGAGCAUGCGUUCUGCGCGCCGACGGCUUGGGGCGUGCGAGACUUGCUCGCCGAGAGCGCGGCGAGCCUCCGCGGCGGCCCGACGAAGGCCUUGUCUCCGAGCUGCCCGUCGUUGCCGCGGCCCCAGGCGUAGACUUGCCCGUCGCGGGCCAGCGCGAGCGAGUGGUCGGCGCCGGCGGCCACGUCGACGAUGCCGCGCAGCGCCUCGACGCGCCGCGGCGCCGUCUGCCACAGCUUGCCGCCCUCCCAAGUGUAGCCCACGGCGCCGGCCUCGGCGCUGCCUAGGCCUAGCUGUUGCCACCGGUCGC